CCAGCAGAGGGCGGGAAACAGUCGGCGCGCGCUUCAUUCCUGCCUGCAUUCCUUAUAAUCACCUCUCCUCACAUCUCCUCUUCCUCCCACCCCUCAGCGCGCGCGGCCCCCUUUCUCACUCACUACCUCCCUCCUCCUCCGUACGGCUCUGUGGGACGUAAAGGCUCGUAACGCCGGCAGCUUUUAACUCCUCUCCUCCUCCUCUCCCAGACUCUCUCCUCCUGAUUCCGGCUGAGGCUGCGGUGGACGAGCCGAGGUGUGUGAGAGUCACAGCGGGGAGAUAACGGCGCUCAGCACGUCCCAGCAGGAGAGUACAGUGAAGCAGAGCAGCACUGAGGGAGGGAGCAUGAAUGAAAAAUAAACUACGGCGACGGGAAGGAGGAAUAUGAGACGAGGCUAGAGUUCAGCAAGAGAGAGGGAUGGAGAAAUCAAGGUCUAGAGAUGCAGGAUACCCUCAGCUUAACCUGGACCAGCGGCUGGACUCACACACUCACCCCAAAUCCCUGCAGGAUUAAACAGACUAACUGACCAACAGACGGACAGUCAAACUGAUACCCUAAAAAACUCACACAGACAGAGGAGUUGUGGGCCACAUAAAUGGCUAAUAAACAGAUCAGUUUGCCUGCCAAGUUAAUAAACGGGGGAGUCGCUGGGCUGAUUGGUGUCACCUGUGUGUUUCCCAUUGACCUGGCCAAGACCCGCUUACAGAACCAGCAGAAUGGAUCUCGGCUCUAUACCAGCAUGUCUGACUGCCUUAUCAAAACCAUUCGGUCGGAAGGGUAUUUCGGGAUGUAUAGAGGGGCUGCGGUGAACUUAACUCUCGUUACUCCUGAGAAAGCCAUAAAGCUGGCCGCCAAUGAUUUCUUCAGAUUCCACCUCUCUAAGGAUGGGCAGAAGCUCACGUUGCUCAAAGAAAUGCUGGCAGGCUGUGGUGCAGGUACAUGUCAGGUCAUUGUUACAACGCCAAUGGAGAUGCUGAAAAUCCAGUUACAGGACGCAGGGAGAAUUGCUGCUCAAAGGAAGCUGAUGCCGGAGACUGUGGCUCCUGGGGGUCCGGUGGAAGUGAAGAGCCCCACUGCCAUGCAGCUCACACGAGAGCUGCUAAAGGAAAAAGGCAUCGCUGGACUCUACAAAGGACUCGGGGCCACACUGCUCAGGGAUGUUCCGUUCUCAAUCAUCUACUUCCCUUUAUUUGCUAAUCUGAAUAACCUGGGGAAGAGGGGAGCAGAAGGUCCUGCUCCGUUUUACGUCUCCUUCGCAUCAGGCUGUAUCGCUGGCAGCACGGCCGCAGUGGCCGUCAACCCUGUAGAUGUGAUAAAGACCAGGUUACAGUCGUUAACACGCGGCAGUCAGGAGGACACAUACAGCGGAGUGACUGACUGCAUCAGGAAGAUUCUGCGUAACGAGGGUCCUGGUGCUUUCCUGAAGGGGGCGUACUGUCGCGCUCUCGUCAUCGCUCCGCUCUUCGGCAUCGCCCAGGUGGUCUACUUCCUGGGCGUGGGUGAAUACAUCCUCAGCUUCUUGCCCAAACGGAACAACUAACCAAUCAGCUCCGCUUUCUGCCUUCCCAUCUACACACACACGCUGCACCGGUCAGACCUCGUCCCUCCUCACCUCCACAUCUCAGCUGCCCAAGUCACCUGGAGGACCAAGUGAUGUGGAGACUACAUUAGGUGUUUUGUUUGUAUGUGUGAGUGUAAGUGAGUGUGUGUGUGAGUGUGUGGGUUUUGUUAAAGUGGGUGUAUAUUUCUAAAUGAAUGUUGUAAUCAUAUGGAGUUGGGAGGAGAUUCAGGGGGAGCGUUUGCCAAGCUGCCUGAGGUGGCCACUUAGUCCUCAGCUCAGACUUAAGACCACAGGGGAAGAUUCUCAUUCAUGAAGUUUUAAUUGAACACAUCAGUGUAGUUUUAUUCAUUGAUUUUGUGGUUUGUGGAGAUUUGUAUGAUUUGAAUCUCCUUUUUGACUCUUCUGAGGUAUUUAUUGUCCAUUUGACUGAUGAUCACAGUGUCAGUUACGACAAUCUGAAGAAAUGAUAUCUCUGUUCGCUAUGGUUUAAACUGUCAAACGGACUUUUAAUGUUGAUUUAACAUUUCUGGAGAGGAGCCAAGCUCACUCGAGAACCUUGACUGGAUUAUUUUGUGUUUGUCUCCCAAUAUUAUUUAUCUGUGAUACAGUAUGAGUUUUCACGAGCCCAGUCGGAAUGUGUUUUUGGCCAUGAAUGACGUUUUUUUUUUGUGUGUGUGUGUGUGUACGUGUGUGUUUGCGGGUUAGUGUGUGAUGUGAAAGCUGUUUACAGUCCCGGGCUGACGGCAGCUUUGGGUAAACACACUCGCACACAGAGCUCAGUGUCUGGUCAGAUGAGCAGAGCUGGGAGCACUUCGUACAGGAGUGGCACCUGACUGAUAUCAUCUAAGUGAUCUGUGCACAGAUACUCAAUUAUACAGAACAUAUCAUGGAGAGGAGUACAGUUUCAGAACCAUGAAAGCAGGACAUGACUAUGUGAAUUAUUAUCAGCUUAUAGAUCAUUAAAGGAGCAAUAAGUAAGAGUUUCCAACUGUAAAAGUACAUGCUUAUUAAUAGGACAAGUUCAUUUAUUCUGCCAUAUUCCAGAUCCAAAUUAAGAUCCAGGUGCUUUAACUUUUUAUGUAUUAUUUGUUGAGUAAAAUAUGACCUGAUAUGCAAAAGGCAUAAAGUUAAAGAUGGCACAUUGCUUUAUUUACAUCAAGCAAAAGUAUUAGGCCACCCAGUUCAAGUUUAGAAUAUGGUAACGCCCCACUGUUGUCAAAUAUCACAGCUUGCAAACUUUCUAAUAAGUUUGAAAUAGCUGCUAGUUUCUCAGUUCUUACCAACAAUGAAAAGACAGUACCAUAUAUGGGCAUAAACCAGAGGGCAAGAGUGAGUGUUUACAGUACCAUAUAUGGGCAAAAGCAAAGAAGAAACCAAUGUUUUAAACCAGAACAUGCAGUGAGAGACAAAGACAGAUUAAAAAAACUGAGAUGGCCAAAAGGAAAGUAACAACUUGUAUGCAACAGGAAAAGUUGGCAAUACUUCGCAAAGUAAAAGAGUCCAGAACAGAGAACAGUUUCUGAUUGGUGGGUUGAGAACUAGGGUUUGUGAUAUUAGGAUGAGAAGAAUUAUAGGGUAUAGGGUAUAGAUGGAGUUGAAAGGAAAACCUGGUAGAAUGGAAAAAUAACUUAGGAUGCUUACUAUUUUGCAUGAUGCUUCCUUCCUUUUUGCACUCUAUAAUAGUCCAAGACAAAAAUAACACACUAACUUUACUCAAAUUGUUGACAAUAAUGUGCAACUUUGUUCUCUUUUGCGGAUCAGUUCAUCUUCUACUCACUUAACUAUUCACAGGAACAGAACGUUUAACAAGCGAUGCUUAUGUUGAGCACAUGUGAUCAGUUUAAUUCUGGGAUGUGAGGACAGCAUAUUUGAGAAGCCAUUCUUGCGUGCAUUGCCAGCAGACCCGUUCUCAUGAGUUGGCAAUUCCUCUGAAGCAUUGUUAUUUUUGGGAAGUCUUAUUACAGUAAAUCCAGUUGCUGCUAGCAGGCUUUUUGUGAGCACGACACAAAGCCUGUAGAAGGAUGCUGCAUGCUGAGCCAUCGCUAUGUGUCACUGUGAAACACACAGUGACAAAAGUAUCUAUUCCCAUCACCAUUAUGUAACACAUUUCUAUUCUUUUAUUCGUUUAUAAUUUUAGGCAAAACUGUUACUUAUUGCUCCUCUAAUCUGACUUGAAAAGCCCACUAUACUGCUUCUGCUAUACAUUACAAGACUUUAGGCUUGUAAGUAUGCUAACAUUAGCUGCGUUUCAAAGCCUCAGCUGCAGUCAAGGUAGGCCUGGUCCAAUAAAGAGUGCUUAACAGUGCUUUGUAGACUAUUGGUUACAGAUAUGAAUGAAACAGAAUGAUGAUGUUUUAGGCUGAUAUCUCAUAUGAUCACCUCAUGGUGCUUAUUCAUUUUGUAACAUAAAUUAUUCACAUUAAUUAUAAUUAUAAAAACUAACAUUUUAAAACAAAGUUUGCUCCUGAGACUUUGUAUCCUUCCAUUUUCGCUCAGUAUUAGUUUUUCUUUUUUUUCCCCUUCACACAUGAUGUACACAGUGAUUUGUAGGUCGUGAAGGAUCCUCCAGAUCGCUCUGAACACUGUCUGCAUUUCUCGCUCUAUACAAAGGGUCCUCUACUUUAUAACAGCAGCCUUUUAUGACCGAGGAAACCGCCAGCUCGGCUGCAGCCUAGACUUUGGAACGCAGCUACAAUCUUUACACUGUUAAUAAUAUCAGUGGUGGCUGCUGGCAGUGGUUUAAAGCCGCAGUCAGGAGCCACUUUCAGGCCAACAACAAAGGAUUUCAAAUAAUAGCAGAGCCACCCGGGGGUGGAUGUGGCACUGUUUCAGCUUUUUCUCUUUUUUUUUUUUAAAGCUUUUUAGAAGCUGGUGCUACAGAGCAGGGGGUUUGAAUCCAGUCCUGGGGGGAUCCCCAGCAGUCCACAGGCCACCCUUUUCUGACAUGUUGAAUUUCCUAACACACCUUAGCCUAGUAAUCAGCAUUCAACAGCCUGUGUGGCCUGGCUGAGGUGUGUUUGGAGCUGUCAGAAGCUCCCUGAGGACUGCAUUGAAAACCCACUGCUACAGAAAGAGAUUGAAAUCUGUUCCCCUCUCCAGUCAGUCUCCACACACUGACCUGCAGCUUUGAAGAACUGCCGUUGGGAUCUUCAGAUCAGUGUCGCUGCUCUACAGCUGACAGAUGACGCAAGCAGAGGUCUGUACUUCUCGAAAGCCAAAUGAAUGCGAAGGAUGAUUGUCAGGUAGCUCUUCCUAAUCAAUGAAACGGAUCAAUGAAGGAAUGAUCACACUCAUUAAUUGCCUUUGCAAUUGUGUUUUUUUUUUUCCCUUUGGGGAUUUUUGUUCAUAUCCAAGCCUCCCACGAUGAAGUGCACACAUUUGUGGUUGGGUCGUGGCACGUCAUUGGCUGGCGAGGGAUGAAGGUGACUUUGAAGAAUUGUGAUGUCAGGUCACCCGUCACCUGCUCUCUCUUAUGGAGGCUGUGUAGGGAAAGGGCAAAAGCACAUUGAGAAGCAGAGUGAUGUUCCAAGAAGACACUCUCGCUUAUCUGUUGAGAGUGAAAGCAUAUUUAUCGAGAUUCCUUACAGUAUAUAUAUAUAAAUAUAUAUAUAUACAUAUAUAUAUCUAUAUAUUUGUAUCAGUUGUUUUAUUGGUGUCUCUGUAUGUUCAUUGUCGAUUGCUGUAUGUUGUACAUUUGCAGAUUAUUAUCAGAUUUGAUUGAAUUGAAUUUUGAUUUAGUUUUAUUUUCGUAUGUUUUAAUUGUACUGUUUUUUGGUUUGUGUUCUGUAUAUAUAUAUAUACACAUAUAUAAUGGCUUAUUUUGCACACUUACCUCCCCCUCCUUAUGCUUUGUUGGUGUCUUUGUUUUCAAUUAUUAUUUCAGUGGCAUUUAUUUUAAUUCAGGAACACUAAAUCUGAGGGCACUAUUUAAACUGCAGACUGUAAAACAGAACUUUCUGUGGUCUCUGGAUGAAGGUACCAGACUUCCUGUAUGCAGGAACCAGAAAUCCAAAGUGAAAGAGCCUCCUGUAGGUUAGAGUAAGUGCUGACCCGUGUUCUGCAGCAUUAGGAUGUCUGUAGCUUAAGCAAGGCUUAAGACCUUCUGACUUGGCCAGAGCCUAUUUCAUAACUGCCAAACAAAACCUUGACCAAAUCCCUGCUCCAAUCAUCCUCGCUCCCGAGGCCUGCUGCCAGCCUACCUCUCUAGUGAUUAGCCGAUUAGCCGAUUAGCGACAGUGUGCUUGUAGAUCUACAGGAAAAAGCCAUUUAAAGCCGAGGUUUUUCACUGCAGGAAAUUUGGAAAGCAGAAAUCUGUUUACACGGACCUGACGCCCCAAAGUUAGCUACUGGCUCUGAUUCAUGGCCAGCUAACAUUAAUCAAGCUAGCAUUAACUACAUCACCAUGUGAGAAACAUAUUAAUUAUUUAAUGAAUUGAAUUUGGUGCUAGAUAAAGGAACGCACAAAACCCUUUGUAGGGUAGAGUUUAGCUCUGGUCCUAAAUUAUAACAUUUGUAACAAACUGAUUUGUGUAAUAAAGAGCUUUAGGAUCUUAUUAAUAACAGUUGGAACUAAACUCUACACUUUUAAAAAUAAAGGUGCUUUAAAUGCUUCUUUAGGGGCUUUAAAUGGUUUAAAUGGUACUUCUAUGGUAUCACUAUUUGAAGCACCUUUUUUUUUAAAGAGUGAAUUCUCCACUGUAAAACUGUAUAAAAUCUGCAGAAAGAGGGUUGGGUAUCCUUGCCCUGUUUUGACCUCAUUACAUGAGAAUCAGAUUUAGCUAUUUUAUUAUAUGCCAUGUUUAUUAAUGUACCCUAAGGCCAUCACACACUGGUUGCGCAAGCCAUGCACUGAAGCAUUGGAGUAAAAACUGAAGAUUUGUUUAUUUUUAAAACGUUGCAGUUAAGCGAACUGACAACAUUUCAUGAUUAUUUCUAGAUAUCUAGAUAAUUUAUUGUCAAAUGAGUCAUCUUUCCCAGUUUUCCGCAUCUGUCACCCAAAAGGGAUGUUGUACAGAGCUUUACAGAGCCAGUCUACUCUAAAUACUAGAAGAAAUUCCUUUAAAAUCUGGUGUGUGGUGGCCUUUACAGUACCUGGGUUCUUUCAGAGAAUUCAGUUUAGAGUUGAAACAGCUGCAAAUUUGAGGUGAUAUAAAGCAUCUUAAUGGGGAAAAUGGAUUACUAGACCUGCGUUUACAUCUGCGUCCUUCUCACUGAGCUUUCCUCAUGUGUUUCUUCUACAGUUCAGAGUUUUACACCUACAGACAGAGUUUGAACAUGUGACAGAUCUCACUCUAGUGGCUUCCUAACCUUGUGUAUGUAACCGUGCCCUUGCUCUCUCUCUCUCUCUCUCUCUCUUUCUCUCCUUCUCUCUCUUUCUCUACAAAUUUGCCUUUUGCUUCUUCUCUGCGCAUUCCUCUUCCUCGCAGUGCACUUUUUUCUUUCUUUCUUUUUUGUUUGUGUGUUGUUCACCUAAUUGUUAGUGCGCUUUUUCUUUCUUUUAUCUUUUGCUUUAUUGUUUUUUUUCUCGAAUUGUGCGAUUUUUAAAAACUGUUUUUAAUUGUGAAGAUGUCAGAUUGUUUUAUCAGCUGUGAACGUUCCUGUAAUGUGGAAAAUGGUGGUGUUAUUGUGUGGUGGGGUUGUGUAUGGUGGUGUGUGUGUGUGUGUGUGUAUGUGUGCGCACGUGUUUAUAGACGUGCGUGUGUGGCUGUGUAGUGCAAUUUCAGUUAUUUUUGUUUUCCUUUCUUUUCUUUUUGUCAUUGUAAUGCUGAAUUGUAUGUUUUAUCCCCCCUCUCACUAUCUCACUAUCUGUCCUGCCUUUGUCUGGAAUGGAGAGGCAAAGGAUAUGAGGGGCAAACACCAAAAAAAAUAACAUCUAUUUCUGUCUAUUUACAAUCGAAACGAAGCAACAAGCACAAAGAAUAGUCAGGCACAACAAGCACUACACUACACACUGUCACGCUGCACACAUGCACUCUGAUCUAUUGAUUUAUAGCCUCUUGGGAACAUACUAUAUACUGUAGGCCCUCAUUGAUUUAGUCUUUACAUCAAUAUCUAGAUUACUGUAGUGUGGAACCAAUUAGUUGUGUUUUAAAAAUGUUUUUUUUCUUGUUCACAGCAACACAAUCGUACCUAAAUAUCAGUGUAUCGCUUACUUAUUUGAAAUGUUAUGACAAGCCAGAGAAUGUACCUGAAUACUAUAUGACCAAUGUUGAGGAAUUUCUCUUCCAGUAGUUUAGAUGUUAGAUAUAUAAGGUCUGACCUCGUGUCACGUCUGUUAAGAGUAAUAUUUAUAGAAUAUAAUAUGAUAACCAGCUUAAUCUAUAUGCAAUAAAGAGGAGAUGAAAAACACAGUUCAUAGCAGCAGUAAAGCCCUCACAUAUCUGCACAUCAGCCCAACACUACUAUAUAUUAUAUAUCGCAGCUCUUACUGAUGAUUCUGUCGUAGGCCGUGGAUCCCCCACAACUUCUCUUCCUCCAAGAGGAAGAACAGUACAAUGAAGCACUUUAAAACACUUACAUAUACACACACACACACAAACAUACACACACAAAAGUCCAAAAUCCCUCUUCUUGAAGUCCAUAUCUCUCUGUAAUGAAUGGGGAGAUUAGUGUGUGUGUGUGUGAAAACACUUGAGUGUGAAAGCUAUGAAACUGAUAUUACUGCAGUCGUCUUAGUCUUUGUUUACCAUGCAAAACGUGAAGACAGUCCAAAUGUUGCAUUCCUUGUCACAGAUUGUUGUUCAAUAAAAAAAAUGAUUAUGAUGAUGA